AUGCUAUCGGCAUUAACUACACCAUCCGCAAAUAUGGAAAUGAAUUAUGAACGCCUUGAGACCCUUGGUGAUUCGUUUUUAAAAUUUUGCGUGACCGUUAGAUUAUAUGUUUCAUUUCCUGAAAAACAUGAAGGUCAACUUCAUAAUCAACGUAUUAGGAUAAUUUGCAAUAAGACACUUUAUAGAAGUGCAAAAAGAUUACGUCUAUAUGAACAUAUAAAUUCCUUGCCUUUUAAUCGUAGAGCAUGGAGACCUGCAAAUAUGAUGACUAUUACUGAUGACCCAGAAAAUUCAAAAAAAAAUAGAGUUCAUGAUUUAGCUGAUAAAACACUUGCUGACGUGGUAGAAGCUCUUUUAGGAGCAGCAUAUUUAACCGGGGAGGAACAAGCAGGACUUAAAUGCGCUAGGGCAUUGGAAGUUCCAUUUGAUGAUAUUACCGAAUGGGAACAGUUUUCUCAGUGGAAUAAAAACCUACCGCGUGUAUCUAUUAAAGAUCAUAAAAGCGUAGAUAUUAAGAGGAUCGAGGAAAUUUGUGGUUACACUUUUAAUAAUAAGAACUUAAUUGCUGAAGCACUCACACAUGCCAGUUUACCCAAUUCUACAACCUCGUGUUAUCAACGUCUUGAAUUUCUAGGUGAUGCUAUAUUAGAUUUCUUGACAGUAAAGUAUUUAUAUGAAAAAUAUCCAGAUAGUCCACCAGGAAUAAUUACAGACCUAAAAGAUGCGUCAGUUAAUAAUCAAAUUCUCGGGGCUAUUUGUGAAGUAGUUGGGCUCCAAAAACAUAUCAUUCAUUUUUCAUCAAAAUUACUAAGUGCAAUUACAAAUUUUUCAUCUAUAAUCGAAGAUAUGAGAGAAAAAAACGAAGAUUAUGGUGAAUAUUGGAGCGACUUGGAAGUUCCCAAGGUUAUGAGUGAUGUAAUAGAAAGCAUGCUAGGUGCUAUAUUUGUAGACUCGAUGUUUGACCCUAAGGCUCCUCAAAGACUUUUUGAUUUAUGGAUUGAGCCGGUUUUAAGUAAACACGUUACUCCUGAUACAUUGAAAGUACAUCCAGUAAAAAAACUUACAGAAAUAAUACAAAAGCAUGGAUGUGCUCAAUUUUUGUUAAGGUAA